UGAGCGCGCGUUUUGUUGUUCAGUGCCGAUUGCCUCCUGUUUGUGACCUCUACAUCGGUUUUAGUGAAACCUGUACUUUGUCGCUUUUUUUCGUUGAUAGGCCAGGACCAUUCUAGUACACCAUACCAGGACUGUGCCGCUCGCUACGUUUACCGCUCUUGAAUAUUUUUUUUAGUUUUUUCUUUAAUUUUGUGCCGGUGGCGUCCGCGUCCCUUCAGUGUGUCCCCAGUCCCAGCGUCAGCGCGUGCGUUGUUACCGCGUUGCUACCUCUGAAGCAGUUCCAAGCUAAGUUGUUCCGUUACCAUUCCGUACAACGAGAGCGAGUCGAAGAAAAAGCCAACACAGUCGAACUGCGCGUGCCUCAUUUCUGAACAGCGUUGUUCAUCCUGUUGUGUGCUCGCGUGCGCAUCGGCGGGUACCGUUUAUCGGCCGAAGUGCGCGCGACUCGCCCGAACCGUUCAAGUCGGCAAACGCUCGCUAGAAUCACCGGUAGCUACCUGUGCCUGGGCGAAUUGUCAUGAACCCUUCGUGGAACCGGGUUGCCGAAGAGCGCCGUGCGAACGCGGCAUCCACACAGGCAAUGAUCCACGACUCUGCUUCAACCGCAAGAAGCGGCAGUGGUGGUAGUGUCGACAUCGCGGUAGCGGCUGGAGUACCAACCACUCCCGCGUCGAGAGGACCUACCACUGCCGCCGGCAGCAGCGGCAGCGCCGAAGAUCAGGCCCGUAGGAAGCCGCGAAAGAAGCGACGCAGGGUCGACGUCAGGACCGACGGAGACCGCGCCGUCGAUGUCUCCUCAGACCUCCCUGACGCCGCCGCCGAGAGCGACCCGCCCCCCAUGCGAGGACCCGUCGAGAACGAAGUCGAAAACGAAGUCGAGAGCGACCAGGAAGACCUGAGUGGGUUGGAGGGGGCCGCGUUCCAGAGCCGACUUCCCUUCGACAAGAUGACGGCUCAGGAGGCGGCCUGUUUUCCCGACAUUGUGCAGAGCGCGCUGCAGACGCAAAAGAUCUUCCUGCACAUCCGCAACCGGCUGCUCCAGCUGUGGCUCGAGAAUCCCAAGCAGCAACUUGUGUUCGAGAACGCGCUGCCCCAGAUGGAGCCGCCGUAUAACAGCGACGGUCCCCUGGUGCACCGAAUCUUCUCCUACCUGGAGCGCCAGGGACUCAUCAACUUCGGCGUCUACGAGAGAUCCCGGCCGGGGCUUCUCAAGAAGCACGGCAAGGUCAUCGUCAUUGGCGCCGGAAUCUCGGGCCUGGCCGCGGCUCAACAGCUGCAGCAGUUCGGCAUGGAAGUACUCGUUCUGGAAGCCAGGGACCGCGUCGGAGGUCGCAUCGCCACCUUCCGCAAGGGCGGCUACGUAGCCGACCUGGGAGCCAUGGUGGUUACGGGACUCGGAGGCAACCCCAUCACCAUCCUCAGCAAGCAGGUCAAGAUGGAGCUGCACAAGAUCAAGCAGAAGUGCCCGCUCUACGAGUCCAACGGCACCACGGUGCCCAAGGACAAGGAUGAAAUGGUGGAGCGAGAGUUCAACCGCCUCCUCGAGGCCACGUCGUACCUGUCGCACCAGCUGGACUUCAACUACGUCCAGAACAAGCCCGUGUCGCUGGGACAGGCCCUCGAGUGGGUCAUCAAGCUUCAAGAGAAGAGCGUCAAGGAGAAGCAGAUUCAGCACUGGAAGGCCAUCCUAGAGCUGCAGGAGAAGCUCAGGGAAAACCACAUGAAACUCAUCGAAACGCGCGAGCGCGUCGAGGAGCUUAACCGGAUUUACCGAGAGUCGGCCGGGCAGAAGCAGCGCGACGUCACGCAGGAGUUUGUCCACCGGAGCCGCAUCCACGACCUAACGCUCGUGUGCCGUGAGUGGGACCAGCUGCUCGAACAGCAGAGGGAGAUCGAGGACAAGCUCGAGGAACUAGAGUCGUCACCGCCCAGCGACGUCUACCUCUCGUCCCGCGAUCGCCAGGUCCUGGACUGGCACUUCGCGAAUCUCGAGUUCGCCAACGCGACGCCGCUCAACAACCUGUCUCUAAAGCACUGGGACCAGGACGACGACUUCGAGUUCACGGGUAGCCACUUGACCGUCCGCAACGGCUACUCCUGCGUUCCCGUCGCCCUGGCCGAGGGUUUGGACAUUCGCCUCAACACCGCAGUCAAGCACGUCUACCUCUCCGCGACGGGCGUCGAAGUCACGACGACUAAUACGCGCACCAACACGGGCCUGGCCACGUUCAAGGCCGACGCAGUCCUCUGCACCCUGCCGCUCGGAGUGCUCAAGCAGUCGAUACUCAACAAUCCCAACGUGCUCAACACGGUCCAGUUCGUGCCUCCGCUGCCGGAGUGGAAGGCAGCAGCCAUCGCGCGUUUGGGCUUCGGCAACUUGAACAAGGUUGUGUUGUGCUUCGACCGCAUCUUCUGGGACCCGAACUCUAACCUGUUUGGACACGUCGGCAGCACCACCGGAAGUAGGGGCGAGCUGUUCCUCUUCUGGAACCUUUACAAAGCACCCGUGCUCCUCGCUCUGGUUGCGGGCGAGGCGGCGACCAUCAUGGAGAACGUCAGCGACGACGUCAUCAUCGGCCGCUGCAUCGCGGUCCUCAAGGGAAUCUUUGGCAACAACGCCGUGUCCCAGCCCAAGGAGACUGUCGUGACGAGGUGGCGCGCCGACCCGUGGUCCCGCGGUUCGUACUCGUUCGUGGCAACCGGUUCGUCGGGCAACGACUACGACAUCCUGGCGGCUCCUGUCACGCCCAGCUCGAACCACGUGACGCCGGCGCUUCCGCGGCUCUUCUUUGCCGGGGAGCACACCAUUCGGAAUUAUCCCGCAACGGUUCACGGCGCGCUGCUCAGCGGUCUGAGGGAGGCCGGACGUAUUGCCGACCAGUUCCUGGGGUGUCCCUAUGCUCCAAGCUGUAACUGAAGUGGCCUUACUUAAACCUGACCACAAAUGCAUGUUUACUGACACUUAUAAAACUUAACUUUUCUGUACAAUGUAUGCAGGGUAAUGAACCUUGUAACCUGACUGCCUUAGUAGCCUUAAAAAGUAUAUUUCGCAGUGACAUCAGUGAAAGCUUCACUGAAAGGCUUAGCUAAGUAUAGCCAUUUCAUCUAGACUUCAUGUUAUUAUUAUUUGUAAAGUUCAUCAUGAGUUCAUGCCAGUUGUUCAAGCAGUGUUCAUUCUAAUGUACUACAUGUUCCAUCCACUCUUGCAGUCUCACAAAUCCUCUACAAGCGCUAUUGCGCAAGGUGUUCUGAACAUAAUGAAAUUUUUUUGCCGUGGCUUAGGGCGUCACACUGAUUGCUGAAGAAAACAUUGCCCCUUUCUUUUCACCUACAAAAGAACAGCUUACCCAGAAGAAAUGAAACUUUAAUCCAGAGCAUCUUUGUGUCAUCUACUUCAUACUGUCCGAGCUCAUCUCACUCGGGUAAUGCAGCUAAGUGCCUCCAUUAAACUUGGGCGUGAACAGAUUUGAUGCAGAAAUAUUGCUCGUGGAUGUGUGGAGCACUACACUCUCAAUGUACAAAUCAUGCUCUAGUUAUGUGCACUGCCCUUUUGAGUGGUGUGUGAUGGUACAAGUCUGAAAACACUGCUGGGCAGUGCACUGUCACUAAACAUUCACUGCUCCAUUAAUUUUAUGAUUUUUUGUAGGCAUAUUCAGACUUAAGAGGAAGCAGGUGUUACACUAGGAACAACGUCUUGUAAAUUUGUGCUGGCCUGUAAACACUGAUUAAAUUGCCUCUUUUUUUAGAAAGAUUUCUUGGUGCAUGCAUUAAAAGCUUUUCAACGUCCUAUGUAUAUUUGUGAAUCUCUUCUACUGU